UGAGUGCGUGCUGAAGAGCGAGGAAGCAACUAGUCAGUGAGCAGUAGAGCAAGAGCUAUGCCAAGCCGGGGCCUAGUGGCCGGGCCAAACUUUGAGUAUUUUCAACGUCGCUAUUUCACGCCUGCCGAGGUGGCCCAACAUAACCAGCCGGAAGACCUCUGGGUGUCUUACCUGGGAAACGUGUACAACCUAACCCCGUUGGCACAGGAGUACAAGGGAGACUUGCUGCUGAAACCCAUCGUGGAAGUGGCAGGCCAAGAUAUCAGCCACUGGUUUGAUCCGAAAACCAGAGACAUCCGCAAGCACAUAGAUCUGCUGACCGGUUCCCUGAGAUACCGCACCCCCCGGGGCCGCUUUCUGCACGUGCCGCCUCAGCUACCCCGUUCGGACUGGGCCAAUGAUUUCGGGAAGCCUUGGUGGCAAGGGUCGCGUUAUGAGGUGGGGCGGCUGUCCGCCAAGACCCGGAAUAUCCGCAUCAUUAACACGCUCACGUCGCAGGAGCACACACUGGAGGUGGGGGCCCUGGAAUCGAUGUGGGAAAUCCUACACCGCUAUCUCCCCUAUAAUGCACAUGCUGCCAGCUACACGUGGAAAUAUGACGGCAAGAACCUGAACAUGGAUUAUACUCUGGAGGAGAAUGGGAUCCAGGAUCAGCAGGAAGAAUUUGAUUACCUCAAUAUGGACAGUACACUUUACACACCUGCAGUACUGCUGUACUUCAAUGAUGACCUCACAGAACUAUAGGACGGGAGGCGUAUGCUCCUGUAGACUCAAGACAGAUUUGGAGUUUAGCUGUUUCUGUGCCCUGGAGGAAAAGAGGUGGGGAUGGGGAGGGGCGAUGCCUGGACCUAGACCUUUCCACUCUGGGAGCUGGCAUGAGGUUCCCAUGCCCUACUGAAGUGUAAAGAUCCUGUUCCUCAGGUUCAUUAGCAUUUACUCUGAGAAAGCUAGGAAGAAUGCUAGAAAUGGAUUCAUUUUUAGGAAUGAUACAAGAAAAAUAAGGUAUCUUAGAUCAGGGAGAUGUAGAAGAGGAUAGUCAAAUAGAGCUCAGGCAGAACUUAUCCAUAGUAAGAGAAAGAGAAGUUCUACACAGGGAUGAGGGAUGGAAGAACUUUUCUGGCAAUGAUGGAAAUAGCAUAGCUGCAGGAAGAUGGGAUUUACAAAGACAGGAAGAGGAGAUAUCUGCCACUGGCCACACAAAACUGGUUAGUCUUUCUUCUGAAUAGUAUUUGGCAGCUGAAACCGAAGAGGAAGAGGGGGAGUGAAUGGUCACCAGGUAAUUCAGGCCAAAUAUUAUGCUAUAUAUGCUAAUUUAAUAUAACUACCCAUAAGACAGAUACCAUUUCCACUGUUCUACAGAUAAAUCUUCUCAAGCUUAGCAAGAAGCUUAAUUGCACAGAAGGUACACUAGUUCGCAACCAGAAUGUAAAUGCAGGUCUUUCCAAUUCCAAAGUCUGUGUUCUUUUCAAUAUGAAGAGAAUAUGUCAGUGUCCCAGCUUACUGCAUAAUGGGAACCUAUAGGCCUAUUGUGUAGUCAGCCAUGGUGUGGUUUUUUUGUUUGUUGGAGUUAUUGUCUCUGGAAGGGAGUUAGCAGAGUUCUCCUGUGGCAGAGAGGACACAGGGAAGGCUAAGUGUCAGCUAAAUAACAGCUGUUGAGGCUACUUCAUGGUUAAACCCACAGCAAACCUUUCCUCUGACUCUUCUGAGGCACAGAGGUGGGUAUAUACUGACUCCAGGAAAACGAGAGUGGGUAAGGGCCACUGGGUAGGCCACUUUGGGUACAAAAGUGUAUUCACAUGGGGUACAAAAAGGAAGCAUUGGCAUGUAUAUUCAUGAUGGGCCUGUGCCUCUGAUGGGAAGGUGAAGAAGAUGGAGUUGGCCUUGCCAGAUGGUGACUCUGCAAGAAGGGGCUUGACAGGGGUGAUGCAAAGGGAGAAGCUAACUAAGUCAACUAAGCUAACUAAGUUCUCAAAAGAGAACAACCAUGGAGGGCAGUAGCCAGAUUUAGUCCCCUAUGACCUAAGCAGGGAAGGGGAAAUGAGCAUAACAGGUGAAUUUCUUGACAGUUUCAGGCAAAAAAAAUAAGCAGGGAGAUUGUUAGUGUAUCUUCCUGGAAGGUGGCCCCCUAGGAGACAGUGGGUGGGCUGCACAGGAGUGCUGAGGGGCUGAUUAGGAAUGGCAUGGACAGAGGUAGGGACGUCUGUGUCCCCCUUUGGCUUCAGCAGUGUCUGAAUUCACUGUGAGACAGCUUCCAUUCAGUCCCAUGUAAUGACAGAAUCCAUGAAUUAUCUCAAUCAUUUUGACCUUUCAUCAACUCUGCAGCUGUUUCAUGUGUAUCUUGUUUGCUCAGUUAAACCCGGGAACUAUUUGAGAACCAAAACUAUGCUGUUGCUCUAGCCUUGGCCUUAGUGCCUGUGCCUAUGGGAUCUGCCCAAACUUGCCCCUCUUUCCACAUUUCCUACUUCAGUACCUCUUGCCAGACAUACAUCCCUGUCCUCACACACAGUCACUCUCCAAGCAGAUUCUAUCACCUAAAUAUCCCUGGGAUCCAUCUGCUUUUCUCAAAGCUGUCACUACUUCUGGUCUGGAGUGCUUCCUAACCAGUCCUCCCAUAUCCACUUCUGUCCUCCCUGGUGGCUCACUGGUAAAGGAUCCACCUGCCAAUGCAGGAGAUGCACAUCGAUUCCUGGAUUGGGAAGAUCCUCUGAAGAAGAAAAUAGCAUCCCACUCCAGUAUUCUUGCCUGGAGAAUCCCAUGGACAGAGGAGCCGGACAGGCUGCACUCCAUGUGGUCGCAAAGAGUCGGACACGACUUAGUGACUAAACAACAGCCUCCACACAGAGCAGAGUGAGCUCUGAAAAACAAACCUAAACAUCUAACUUUCCUCCUGCAGAUAUCCCAGGGGCUUCCAGUUGCUUCUGGAAUAAAAUCCUAAAUCCAAAGACCUUGCAUAAAUCAGCCUCUACCUGGCAUCAUCCCAUCUUCAUUCCCUACCUCCCAGUCACACUGGCUGGGUUUCUGUUCACUAAAUGCCUUUCUGCCUCAGAGCUGACACACAGGCUGUCCUCCCUGCUUGCAGCACUCUCUCAUUUCCCACCUCGAUAAAAGUGUUUCUUCCUCACAGCGACCUUGUUUGAUUUCUUGAUGUAGGUCAAGACUUUCUGUUAAAUCUUCUCUUAGCACCAGGCCUAUUUCAGAGCGCUUAUUACAAUAGUAAUGUUAACAUUAUGGAUGUAAUUGGCUGGCUGGCUGCUAGAUUGUAAACUCACAAGGGCAGAUAGCAUGUCCAUCUUGUUCACUGCUCUAUUCCCAGUGUUGGGCACACAGUUGCUGCGCAAUAAAUUUUGAUGAACUCAAA